AUCUUUUAGUUGUGCAUAUUUGAAUGACUAACCGGAAGUUCGCACCUGUAAACCGGAAAUAAAUCGAACAGAGCAAAGAAAAUCAUGUCUGCACUCACGGAAGAUCAAAUAGCCGAUAUUCAGGAAACAUUCAAUUUGUUUGACCAGAGAGGAGAUGGAAAAAUUGCAGCUGCACAAUUGGGUGAUGUAUUAAGGGCAUUAGGACAGAAUCCUACAGAACAUGAAGUCAAAAAGUGUGGAUACAAUAAUAAUCCAGAUUCAAGAAUUUCAUUUGAAGUCUUCCUUCCCAUCCUCCACACUGUCAGCAAGAAUAGAGACUGUGCAACCUAUGAAGAUUUUGUAGAAGGACUACGCAUGUUUGAUAAAGAACAAAAUGGCUAUAUAUCUUCCGCAGAGCUUAGACAUGUCCUUACUUGUUUAGGUGACAGAUUAUCAGAUGAUGAUGUUGAUCAAUUACUGCAAGGCCAGGAAGAUGCACAAGGCAACAUUAAUUAUGAAGAAUUUAUCAAGAUGGUUAUGAAUGGCUAGACCAGGACGUGACUAUUUUAAAGAGACAUAUUUUAUAUUAUAGUUAUUUUGUAUUAAAUUUGUUAGCGAUUGUAUUUAAACUCAAUGCUUAUCAUAUACAUCUUUGUUAGUAGUUUGUACUUGUAUCAGCAAUAACAACACUAAACUACGAUCAUGCAAUGUUUUUGUUUAUAGUUUGAAUCCAGAAAACAAUGUUUUUUGUAACCUCUGGCAAUUGUCGAUUUAACCAUCAGUGUUGAGAUUUUUUUCCUCCAUUUUUAAAAACCAUUAUAAUUUAUAUUGCCAAAAUUCACUGAUCAUAAAGAUCAUGCUGAAGCACCUAGGUGUGCAGUCUGUACUAAUAUUAGACAUUCCAAAGAACAAAAAAUGUCUCCAUAAACAUUAUUCUCAUUGAAAUGGUUAUCAUGAAUAUCAAAUACAUACCUGUAAUGUUAAAGUCAGUCAGUAUUUGAAGGAAUGAACAAAAUAAAAGUACAAAAAAGUGUGAUUUAAUUUGUGAAAUUUAUAGUUGGACCGAAUGUAUAACAUGGUAUGGACCUGGUAGCAAUUUAUCCUACUCCACAGCAAUAUUAAGCACAGUAAACUGGGUUCCUGCCAUGUAGUUCUACUGUUUGAUUUUUUUUAGCAUUGUUUAUAAACCAGAGAUUGUUACUACACAUCAAAAUAUCAUUAAGAACAGUAUUGAGUUUUUUGUUUUGAAAAAAAGCUAGUCAAUAUACAAAUAUAUCAUAUUUAAUCAUUUACUGCCAAUGAAAUUUAAAUUUAGCAACAAAAGCCAAACAAACUCAUAUUUAUUGGUGCCAGUCCAGCAAACUCCUGGCUUUCAUUUAUACCACACACAAAACUAAUGUUUUUAGUAUAUUGUAGGCAAUAAGCAUACAUGUAGCUGAAAUUUCAGGAGAAACAAUCUUUGUACAUAUCAUAUAAGAAAUAAAACUUGAAUUUCUCUUGA